AUGAUCCGACAGGACUUCCUCGGCCUCUCCAGCCAGGAACCCCGUCGCGUGGUCUCCUUCCCGGCGUCCCAGUCUCUGCACGCGUCAACCGCGUCAACCCCGGGCGCCAUCUCGACGGGGAUUCCCCGACUGGACGAGGCGAUCUGUCCUCGUUCUACAGAUGAGACAGCAUCGGACUCUGUCCCUGCGACGAAAGGCAUCCCUCGCGGCCAUGUGACGGAAGUCUUUGGGCCUCCGGGCGUGGGCAAGACGUCUCUCGCAUUGAGCCUUGCCUGCAAUGCACUGCAGGAAGAAGGACCAGGAAAGGUCGUCUGGAUUGAUACGGGCUCUCCCCUGCCCCGACCACGACUGCGGGAGAUGCUCCUAAAAUCCACCAACAAAACGUCAUCCAAGCAAACGCCCGACGACCUCGCAAACAACCUGGUCUACCUGCGCGCCCCGACGCUCCCGCAUCUCCUAGCUCUCAUCCUCCACCCACCACAAGACUUCCCCCCAGAGGAAACCAAACUCCUCAUCAUCGACUCCGCCUCAGCGCUAUUCCCACCCUACUUCCCGAACCCGUCCGAGCUGCGCGCCCGCCUGGCACAGUCCAAAGUCACCGACAAAGCGCAAAUCCACUGGCUCACGAACCGCAAAUGGAACGUGCUGAGCGAGCUGGCCAGCAGCCUCGUGCGACUGGCGACAACGCGCCGUCUGGCCGUCCUCACCGUGAACCAGGCGCACACCAAGAUCCGCGGCCAUCCGCGCGCGACGCUGUGUCCUGUUCUUGCGGGCGGAGCCUGGGAAGCGAGCGUGUACACGCGGAUCGUGCUCUACUGGGAUUUUUCGACGGGAGACGGAGAAGACGCGGAUGGAGCGCCGCGUGCGACGCGGUUUGCCGAGGUGACGAAACGAGCUGGGCGGUUGUUGGCUGUUCGGGCGGAGGAGAACAUUGUUCCCUUUCGGGUUGAAUCGGACGGCUUGUAUGCAUUGGACGAGACGCCGGCCCCUUGUGCGGUGGCGGACGAACCGGUUGAUGUCCCCUCGGCUAACCAGAGGAAGCGAAAAGUUGACGAAAUCGCUGAUAGCCAGGAUGAAGAUGAUUCGGACGGGGAGUUCGGGUGGACGGAGGGGGAUGAUGCCGGGUUGCUUGAGGGAGACGAGUAG